AUGUCUAUGGCGGGCGGCGCCGUGGCGGACGACGGGGUGCGCGGCGAGGAGGGCCGGCCCGCCGGCGGGGACCCGCCGGCGGUGGAGUCGGGCCCGGAGCCGGAGGGCCCCUGCGCCAGGCACUCCAGGUGCCAGAGGCGGGUGAACGACGAGGAUGUGCUGUUCGUGCGGGAGGGGCUGGCGCGGUCUGCCGGCGGCCAGCCGUGGUCGCUGUACGCCGUGUGCGACGGCCACGGGGGCGCCAUGGCUGCGAACUACGUCAUGGGCCACCUGUGGAGGGUGCUGGGGCCCCUGCUGCCAGCGUCGGGCCUGCCGCACCGGCAGUCGCCAGCUUUUGACCAUUUUGCUUCCGAAGUGAGAACUGCCGUGGCCACUGCUUUUGUGAAGAUAGGGCAGCAAUUCGCAAUUGAUGUUUCGGCUGACAAGUCAGGUACUUCAGUGACUUUGGCCCUCCUGUGUGGCCGACUAUUGACGGUGGCCAACGUGGGCGACGCUGACGCUGUGCUGGACACGGGCAUGGAGAAGAUCUUGGCAACGGUCAGCGACAGGAUAGAGGCCAACGAUGCUGAGCGGGUGCGCUUGGCAGACGCAGGGGUGCUGGUGUGUCGGAUGUCGGACACCCAAAAGGGACCCGCGGCUGCUGGGGAAGAGGGUCAGGGGCCACUGAGGUGCUGGCCCGGAGGACUACAGGUUGCAAGAUCCAUAGGCGACAUAAAGUCCAGCAGCCGUGUGUUUUCUUGUCCCCACAUCUUUCAGGUGUGCGUACCGGACGCCGGCACCCGGCUCAUCAUGGCCUCCGCCUGCCUGUGGGGCCGCCUGCAUUGGGAGGAGGCCGCCCAGGCCACCCGGCGCUGCCCGGUGGCCGGCGCCGCGCGGCGCCUUGUGGCCGCCGCGGCGUCCAACGGACCCGCGCCCCCCGCCGAGGACAUCAGCGCCCUGGUGCUCGACAUGCUCCCCAAAAAGGGGGGCACCUUCCCGAGGCUGGUGCGAAAUAGGGCCAAGGCGGCCGGCGCGGGCCCCAGGGGCCGGCGCCCGAGGCUGUCGGCCUACCUGCGCCGGUGCCUUGGGGCCCGGCCCAGCGGGGACCCGCCACUUGGGAGCGAGGUGCUGAGGACCGUGGCCAUGGUGGACGGGUGGGAGCUGGUGCGCGGCUGCGUGGGCCCCGGGGGCCCGGAGGGCCUGGCGUGCGGGGCCCAGGGGGGGUCCGGCCGCCGCGAGGCACUGAGGUACCCGUCCGCCCGGUGGGGGUCGCCUGAGGCGGCGGGCGACCGCAAGAGGGCGGAGAAAGCAAAGGAAGCGGGGGUGGGGAAUGGAGAGCCGGAGCUAGAGCCCGCGAUGGUGAGGGGGAACAGGAGGCCGGGCGAGGUCGGCGCCCUCAGGACCAGGCCUCGGGGAGAGAACGAAGAGGACACUGGGAGCGGCAGGCGGCGGUCCGCUCGAUUCAGCAAGGCCAGCGCCGCCGGCGCCUUGUCGCCCGCCGAGCCCGCCCGCCCGCAGGCAGGCGAGGCCACGGCGAUCGGACAGGCCGCCCGCGCGGGGAAGGAGGGGUGGCCGCCGUGGUCGGCGAAGCCCUCCCGGGAGGGGACUGGGGGCGAAAUCUCCGCCGGGGCUGCUCGAAGGAUCUCCGGGGUGGAGGAUGACUGGGCUGACAGGGAUGCCACGCCGCGCGGGGUGGCGGCGUAUGCGCAGAACAGGCCGCCGAUCGGGCCCAGGGGCGGCGGGGGCCAAAGGAAGGGAUCGUUCUCGGUGCGCCCUGCCAUCGACCUGGAGGCGGUAAGGAAGCGCGUGGCGGCGGGCGAUGGCGUGGGGUCGGUCAUGCUGGCGCUGGAGGACCACCCCGGCGGGCAGCCCUGCUGGUACUUCGCGCCACCGGGGGCGGGCGCCGGGCUGGAGCCGCUGUGCGUGGGCUGGGACGGUAACUCGGAGGAGGAGGUGUCCCUGUCGGCCUGGGGCCUUCGGGCCCAGUCGCAGGUGCGCGAAUGA